GAGACUCAGAAAAAAAAGACAACAAAAUAGAAACAAUCCUACUGUGUCAAACACUUCCUUAGCUUCUUCAUUCAACGUGUAGAAUUGCAGCUCUGCACCUAGGCUGCCACAAUCUGUAGAAUGAAGAAAGUGCAUGCAUGGUUCGCUGGCUUUGCAGCUGCUGUGACGGGCUGAUAGAGAGCAGCCAGACUUCUGUGUCUAAAGAUUAAUCAUCAGCUGUGUCGUUCACUGUCAGAGCCUAAAACACGGUCCUGAGCUGAGACAUUGUCACAUAUUUAUUCGCUCUUAAAGCUGAAACUAAGUAAAGAGUGCAGACAUGUCUGCUGCCAGCUGUCUUCUAUCUGAAGAUCAGUUUCUGUGCUCCAUCUGUCAGGAUGUCUUCACUGAUCCAGUCUCCACACCAUGUGGACACAACUUCUGCAAAAACUGCAUCAGUCAACACUGGGAUAUCAGUGAGAGGUGUCAGUGCCCCAUGUGUAAAAAGGUGUUUGAGACCAGACCUGAGCUGCACAUCAACACUUUCAUCUCUGAGAUGGUUUCUCAGUUCAGACAUGAAGCUCAGCAGAAAGUCAGCAGCAGCAGCUCAGAGCAACAAGCUGCCAAACCAGGAGAAGUUCCCUGUGACAUCUGCACUGGAACCAAACUGAAGGCUCUGAAGUCCUGCCUGGUGUGUCUGGCCUCCUACUGUCAGACUCACCUGGAGCCUCAUCUGACAAUGAAAGGUCUGAAAAGACAUCAGCUGAUCGAUCCUGAGGAGAACCUGGAAGGCAGGAUGUGUAUGAAGCAUGAUAAACCUCUGGAGCUGUUCUGUAAGACCGAUCAGACAUGUGUCUGCAUGCUCUGCUCUGUUAUAGACCACAAGACUCAUGAGUUUGUUCCUCUGAGAGAAGAAUAUGAAGGAAAGAAGGCAGAGCUGGGGAAGACUGAGGCUGAAACUCAACAGAUGAUCCAGAAGAGACGACUGAAGAUUCAGGAGAUCAAAGAGUCAGUGAAGAUGAGUAAAGAUGCUGCAGACAGAGAGAAAGCAGAAGGUGUUCAGGUCUUCACUGCUCUGAAGGAGUUUGUUGACAGACACCUGAACGAGCUCAUAAAGGAGAUUGAAGAUAAACAGGAAACAACAGAGAAACAGGCUGAAGGUUUCAUCAAAGAUCUGGAACAGGAAAUCUCUGAGCUGAUGAAGAGAAGCUCUGAGGUGGAGCAGCUCUCACGCUCUAAAGAUCACCUCCACCUCCUCCAAAGCUUCUCAUCCCUGAAAGCUGCUCCAGCCACCAAGGACUGGACAGAGGUCAGUAUCCAUCCACCAUCAUAUGAGGGGACUGUGGUGAGAGCUGUGGAUCAGCUGAAGGAGACACUCAUUAAAGACAUGAAGAAGCUGUUUGAGGCUGAGCUGAAGAGGGUCCAGCAGUAUGCAGUGGAUGUGACUCUUGAUCCUGAUACAGCACAUCCUUAUCUCAUCCUGUCUGAUGAUGGAAAACAAGUACACUGUGGUGAAGAGGAGAAUGAUCUUCCAGACAACCCAGAGAGAUUUUCUAAAAUUCCCAUUGUUUUAGGAAAGCAGAGUUUCUCUUCAGGCAGAUUUUACUUUGAGGUUCAGGUUAAAUCGAAAACCUUUUGGAUUUUAGGAGUGGUCAGAGAGUCAGUCAACAGGAAGGAAGAAUUCACAGUUGAGUGGACUCCCAAGAAAGGUUACUGGUGUGUUUUUAAGGCAGAUGAAAAUCUUUGUGUAGCUCUUAAGGACCCUCCAGUCCGUGUUUCUCUUCAGUCUUAUCCUGAGAAGCUGGGGGUGUUUGUGGAUUAUGAAGAGGGUCUGGUCUCAUUUCAUGAUGUAGAGGAUGCAACACGUAUCUACUCCUUUACUGGCUGUUCCUUCACUGAGAAACUCUACCCAUUGUUCUGUCCCGGUGUUAAUGAUGAUGGUAAAAUCUGUCCACCUCUGAUCAUCUGUCCUGUGAUGGGUGAUGGUGACAACUGAUCUAUCAGUCAGUCUCUCUUUUCCAAGGGGAAAUUGAAUCAAUUACAGGUUAAUUUCAGCAUUUAAACCAACACAGAGAAGAAGUCCUAACAAUAGAACUGACCAAACCGCACCUGUUGAUCAAAAUCACGUGACAUAGUUAGAAGCUACAGAAAAAGCUAGUAAGCGGAACUUUAGUUGAUUGUUUAUUGAAAUUGUUAUAAAUAUAUAAUCAAUCUGACGAAUUUCAUAUUAAAAAAAAGCUUUCUUUAAUUUUC